GUGUGUGAAUAGGUAACCAUAAGCAAGCUUUUCUUUAAACAAUUCUCCUAAUGGCGACAGAGACGGUGGAGAAGGCCAUGAGCCCUCCACUCCGAUCUCCGGUCCGGAACGCGGUGGAUCCACCGCCCAGCUCUAAGGCCAUCGUUAUUCGUCCGCUUGAAGGCGGAGAGCCCGCACCGGCUUUAUUGUUGUCGCCGGUAGCGGCUAAAGCAGCGGUUCGUGCACCUGUGGAGGUGAGGCAGGCUGCGGAAGCGGAGAACUCGAAGGUGGUGAGCUGGAUCCUGCGGCGGCGAUGGCUGGCGGUGACUGUGAGAAGGGUGGAUGUGGCGGCGAGAAUGGUGGCCGCUGCGCUUUGCCUCAUCUCAUUCUCGGUUAUGGCGGCUGACAAGGAUAGGGGCUGGACUACUGAUGCCUUCAAUAUCUAUAAGGAAUACCGGUAUUGCCUUUCGGUGAAUGUGAUCGGUUUCGUGUACGCCGGGUUCCAGGCAUAUGCGGAGGUCCACCAUAUGAGCAGCAAGAAGCACAUCAUCCGCCGUCCGAUGGGGAAUUAUUUCAAUUUCGCUAUGGAUCAGAUACUGGCUUACCUUCUAAUCUCCGCAUCGUCAUCUGCUACCGCACGAACGAACUACUGGGUUACAAAUUGGGGGACUGAUCCCUUUCCUAAUAUGAUCUCUGGUUCGGUUGCAGUAUCUUUUUUAGCAUUUGUUGCUUUUGCAGUCAGCUCCCUCAUCUCUGCUUACAACCUCUUCAACCGUUCCAUCUAAAUGCCG